UUUGCGAAGAAAGAUUCCUAAUUGUACCAAAGACAUUCAAAAUGCCAGGAGCUGUCGACGUGUUACAGCGAUUUGCAAACGACGACUUGUUUGACGCGGAGCUCGGAGAAGAUAGUGAUGGCGGACGAGAUGGAAAUUUUUCAGACAACGAAAGUGCUCCAAAAUCUCCCGCACUCGAUCGCAUCGACAGCAAAGAAAAAGAUAAUUCGGAAGAAGAAGCUGCAAACAGUGAUUCUGGGGAGGAAAAUACAUCUGAAAAGGAGAAGAAUCAUCGAAGACGAGAAUCUAGAAAGAAGUCAAGCAGGCCUCGCAAGGCAAAGAAGGCAGAGCUUAUGUCAAUGCACAGUGAAACACAGAGAAUGGUCAGAGAAUCAAUAGUGAAGCUGCCAUACCAUAUGCCAGCUGUACUUCCUAUAACACAUUUUCUGAAAAGGGUGCCACUAACAGAUCAAAAGAAGUCUGACAGCCCUAGGGUUAUUUCUUCAGGAAUUCCACCUGAAAAUCAAACAUCACCCGUUGGUAAUGGUAAGCCUGCUGACCAAGAGCUUGCUAGUCCCUUGAUUGCUGACACUGCCAGUCCCACAGCUGCUGUUGAUGCAGUUAAGGUGAUGUCUAAGGCAGCAACACCAAAGCUGAGUGCUGCUACAGAUCCAUUCUUCUUGGACUUGGAUGUCACCCCACCUGUGGCAAAGCCAAUAAGUAGUGGAGUGCAGAGUUUAAAAGAAAGAUUUUUGAAGCACACCUUAAAGCCUCAAGAUAAAUCAACAACUGCAAAGAAACUCACAGAGAGAAAAGAUCCCCCAAUGGAGGAGGUCUCUUUAGAAGAAACACCCAAACCCAAGGGGGUAAACCCAAUCCUUUGUAAUGAGAAACUCAUGACUGCUAAGACACCUGGUUCUAGGCUUCAACUUCUGAAGGAACAAUUACAAAAAGAAAUGAGAGUAAAACGAGCAGAAAAUAGGCAAAUACAAGAAUCUCAAAGGAAGUUAGACAAUGAAGAAAUGAGUGAGGAAGAAGAAGAGGAAGAAGAAAUGACAGAUGAAGAAGAUGAAUCUGAUGAUGAACUUGACAAGUGGAAUGAAGAUGAUGAACGAAAGCAAGAGGAAGGCGACAGUGAAGUUGAUGGGGAAGAUGAAGAAGACAAAAAGGCUAAAAAUGACUUUUUAGAUGAUGAAGCAGAUGAAAGUGAUAAUGAUGAUGAUUUUGAUAAUGGCAGAGAUGACAUUGACUCAGGAUCUGAGGGAGAUGUCAGUGAUGAUGGUGAAAAUGACAACACUGCAGAUGAAAACUCUGUUCUUAGUGAUAGUGAAUUUUCUGUUUUAAAAUCUCAUCACUCUAUGAAAAAGAAACCAAAACAAACAAAAGAAUCAACCAUUCAUCCUAAGGAGGAAACUAUGGAUCUUUUUGGUUUUGGUGACAGCCGUUCCAGAGGACCGGAAAAUGAUGGUUCUCUAGAAAAUAACAGUAACAGUGAAAAAGGUACUGGAGAGAGUGUGGAAAGCCUUUGUCUGCGGCUAGACAGUUUGGAAGACGGUGAUGAUACAAAUUUCCACUUUCCUAGCUCGCCAGUAUUAUCUAAGAUGAAGGCUAAAAGCAAAAAUGUGGCCAAUAUUUCUGAGGCAUCACAGGAGUCCAGCCAGUCAAGUUUUGGGGGAGGGUUAGGUUCAGAGUUUGGUGGGAAUGCGAACAGUCUUGAAGCCAGCAGUGACAGUAAUGUGAUACCCCCUGGACAGGGGGAUAAUAGAGUCCUUGGAAUGGAUGAAGACAGAAGUCCAGGAAAGAAAACACCCGAGAUAUUCUCAUCUUUUUCCAGAGUCAGACACCUCAUGGGCAUGGGAAAUUAUGGUGAUGCACUGUCUGUAAAGAAGUCUGGUAAAUUAUCUCAGCUCACACUUCCUGUUGAAGAUUCCCAGGACCUGUUUGAUCAUGAGAGUGAUAGGAAUGUUGAAGACAACAACUCUCAGCUACUAAAAACAGGAUCAGAGCCCAUGUCUAGUGAUUUCAACUUUUCUCUUGAUGAAGACACACAGUUCACUCAAAUACUGAAUACUCAGGGCUUCCUGAACUCCAGUAAAAAGAGCCAAGCAAAGACAAAGAAACUUUUUGAUGACAAAAUCAGUGGGAAUACCCAGCCGGCCAUGAAGGAGCUGCUUGGGUUGUGUUCUGGAAGAUUUAGUGACAACGAAGACGGCCAACCUGUCCAUAACACUGAAAGUCAAAAAAAUACAAAGGGGCAGAAGCAAAACUCCAAAUUUGACACACAAAGCAAGCAACACAACAUGAGUGAACUACUGGGGUUAUGUUCAGGAAAGUUUAGCGAUGAUGAUAAUGAUGAGAUAGCUGAUGAUGUGUUAGAAAGGCAAGGAAAGGAUUCAGAGCAAAGCAGAGCAGAGGUUGAUGAAGAAGAGGGAAAGAUUGAUGGUGAUGAGAGUGACGAGAAACGGGGCAAGGAGAGUGAUAAUGAUGAUGAUGAAGAGAGCGAUCCUGAGGAGAUGAUUCUUAAAAGAAAGUAUGGCAAGACUUAUGGGACAGAGAAAAAGAACGUUUUUGACAAGAGGAAUUUUUUGGAGGAGGAAGCUGAGCUGUCGGGCAGUGAUGUAGGAUCUGAUGAAGAUGAAGAUAUUGCCACAGAUGAUGAUGUUUUGGACGAAGAGUCUGGAGGAGAGGAUUUACCAUCUGAUGAAGAACUGCAGAAACAGAUUAAUAAAGUUCAUAUGAAAUCAAUCCACGACCAGGACAACGCGGAACUAAGAGCUGUCAAAGAAAUGUUUCUUCCUGAUGGCGAUCUAUACUCAGAUGGGCAGGGCCGGACAAGGCACUUCCGAUGGAGGGGUAUUGAUGAGAAUUCACAGUUUAAUCUGUUCGGUGAUAAAGGCUUGUGGGGCGACGAAGAGGGAGAGGCCACUGAACUGAGUACCGAGGAAGAGAUACAGAGACGCAAGGAAAGAUAUGAAAGAGAAACGUUUCUGAGAGAAGAACUGGAAAAAAAGAAAGAGAGUAAUAUGUUAGAUAUCGACGAAAACAGCCAAAAUAUUCUCAAUAAAAUUAAAGAUACGAGCAGUCAAUUACCAGAAGCUCCAGUGAAGCCUCAAGCAAUCAUACUGAACUACAAAAACAACGUGGCACCAGCGGUAAAGAAAAAAAAUUCUUUUAAAGGAUCAUUUCUGAAGCACAGUAAAACGACUCUGUCAAGACUUUCAUCGCUCACAUCCAAUACACCAAAUGCGUCCGCCACAACACGAGGAUUUGUGUUCCACACUGUGUCACCUUCUGGCAAGAACGACUCUAAUGCAAAGAAACUUCAACGCACAAAUUCUGCAAUAGAUUUACCGGCGUCCAAGAAACCACGAUUGGACAGGGCCAUGAGUGAUUCCACCAGUGUUUUCUCCAUGUUAUAACACCAGGCUGUAUUUAAAGAUAACUACGGCGGGCCGUAAGUACAUGUAACCUCCGCAGCCGGCGGUAUUGUACGCGUGUGAAGUGCAUCCGGUUAGUGCAGCUGAGAGAACCUUGACCGCAAGCUACAGCUGAUGAAUGAACUUAAUUAGUUACCGCUAAAAUGCACCAAAUCCAUUUUUGGUAGCUCGUUACGUCUCUUCCAGUCUCUUUGCACGUUUUUUUCUUGCUAAAGAUUUCUCAACAAUUAGAACGAUUUUCAUUUCAGCGACUGGAAGCCAGAAAUAACAUUGUUACGGGCUUUAUCGCAACGCUUCUACAUGUACUAGGCAAUAUUUCCUCUAUUCAGUUACAAUUGGUGCAUUAGCUCGCUUUAUUUUUCUCUGAUUAUUCUAUUCAGUUUAGACUUAUAAGCGUUCGUAAGCCGAAAUCAUUUUUAUAACUCAGUUCUUGUGUGGUGUGAGACUUAAGUCAAAGGAGAAUUUUUUAUCAUAAAAGGCUGACAGAACUUGAGACGCGAAAGCCGUUGAUCCUUUGCUGAUGGAACGCUGCUUUGGUCAUCUUUGGUAUCAAUAAACGUUGCGUUGCAUUUAAAUCGUAACUAGUCAUUCCUCCUUAUGGAAUGUGAGACUAAAGUAAUCUUUUAACCCUUAAGAAUGACUAGCAUCUAAUUUCUUCCCAGAAUAACCUCCUUGAAUCACACUUUAAGGUCACGAGAACAGAGAAAAUGAUCACCAACUAAAGAGGCUUUCGAUUCUCCCUGUCAGCACCUUUGGAAAUGUCUAGAGAACAAUAUACAGAAUAUGCAUACUGAUGUUACGUGCAUCACUUUGAUAUGAGCUUUUGAAUAGACGUGUUUUAUCAUAUUGUACAUAGUUACUUAAUCAGAAUAAAAGCACCUUGUUUACAAA